AUGGCAAGACAAUAUUACAACUCCAAUUCUUCAAAUGAUAGUGGAUCUGGAGAUGAUAUGAUGUACAUGACUGACGACGAGGACAUGUUCAGAGAAAUUAACUCUAUGGAAGAUUACUUCUCUCAAAGUCAAGAAACAAACACAAGCCCUGGACAAUCCGAUCAAAAUUAUGAAGAUAUCAAAUGGGAGGAUGACCCUAAUGAAGAUUUCCAUGGCUUUACAACUCAAUCAGAUUCAGCCAAUGUAUUCUUAUGUGAUGAAUGGCUAGUAGUGCUGAAUCAAGAAGUAGAUCCUCCCUUGGUAAUACUAUCCUUCCUUAAGAAGGAUGAAAAAGCUCCAAAAGAAAAAGAAAAUGAAGAAAAGGCCAAAAACCCACUGUCCAAUCAAUCUCAUGCGUCAUUCUUUGCAAACUUUAAACCGAGCACUAUGGUUACACUUAAUACAAAUCAGUUACCUGAAAAUGUGAGACAAGUCUCUAAAGUUACUCAAGCACAACAAAAACCAACAGAAGAUUCUACAAGUACAGCCGAAGACGAACUUGCUGAAACACUUUCCAAAUUGAAUAUCAAUAACACUGCCCUCACCACUAAAUUUGAUCCAAAGAAGAUUACUUUCACUCUUGAAAAGAAAGGAAGCAAGGAAGUUUAUGACUUGACCAACCCUUCCAAAGAGAAGAAGUCCAUUCCAUCAUUCAAUCCAGGAGAUGUUAUUCAAUUUUCAGUUAAGAAUAAUAAUGAGAAAGAAUUUAUCGAAAAGACAAACCUGAUUGUGGGUACAACUAUUCCAAUAAGGUCGAUUGUCACAUUCUCUGACAAGUCAACUGGCUUUACUCAAAUGAAAGAAACAGUUGCCACAAGUCAAAUAGUACAAAUUCCAAAUAUAAGAGUAACUAAUCCAACAUGCAAGAAGAAGGCAAAGAUUGUCACAAUUGUAUUAUUUGUUAAAUUUAUCGAGUCCGGAAAAGAAAGAAUUUUCACAACCAAGAGAAGAAUAAUGGUUGUUAAUAAAUAA